AUGUUUGUAACUGGCUAUGCUGUGAUGGCUGGUGCUGCAGAAAGACUUGUGCUUGGAUAUGACAGCUUCGGAAACAUAUGUGGUAGGAAGAACAGUCCUGUAAAAGGGGCUCCCCUUUCUGGACAGGACAUGACAAAUAAAAAGUAUGUUUUCUUUCUGAAUUCAUGCAGCCUGGAAGUGCAGAGUUCUUGUCUUUGUGUUUACAACCUGAACAUUUCCAGUUACACACUAAAUCCAAAGGCAGCUGGGCUGUGUCCCACACUGCCUGUUCCACCAAGUAAGUCUUUUCCAUUAUUUAAUCGAUGUGUUCCACAAAAUCCUGAAUGCUAUUCCAAAUAUGCAUCUGUCUUAAUAAGUAUGGUUAAUGAAAUGGAUGUUUUUCACCGAAUUCUGAGUGGAAUAUUGGCAGGAAGAGAUACUGUGAUAGGACUGAGCGUCCUUGCACUAGCCUUCUCUUUCAUACUGGUUUUAGCCUUCAGAUUCAUUCGGACGCUUCUGGUCCAUACUUUGAUUGCACUGGUUAUAUUCGGGUUGUUGUUCGUCUCAGGUGUUCUCUGGUGGCUCUAUUAUGACUACAGGAACGAUCCCAGCACUGAGUUGGAAACAGAAAAGGAAAAUGUAAAAUUUCUACUUGGAUAUGCUAUCUUCUCAACGAUAGUUACCGUUGUUCUGCUUUCCCUUAUAUUUGUACUAAGAAAGAGGCUUCCGUUCACUGUACAACUCUUCCGAAUUGUUGGCAAAAUCACUGGCAGAAUUCCUUUCCUCCUGUUCCAGCCACUCUGGACCUUUCUGAUUCUCAUUGUGUUCUGGGUGUUUUGGGUUGCCGUACUACUUAACUUAGGAACUGCAGGUACUGCACAGACUACUUCAGGAGGACAAGUAGAAUACAGAGCUCUGUCUGGAAUUUACUACAUGGCAUGGUAUCACUUCCUUGGCCUUAUCUGGACUAGUGAAUUCAUUCUUGCCUGUCAGCAAAUGACGAUUGCUGGGGCAGUGGUUACUUGUUACUUCAACAGAAAUAAAAAUAGCCCACCACCUCACCCAAUCCUGUCUUCCGUAUCAGUUCUUUUUUGCUAUCAUCUAGGAACUGCUGUAAAAGGCUCGUUUCUAAUUACAGUACUGAGAAUACCAAGGAUUGUUCUCUUGUACCUUUAUAACAUCCUAAAACAAAAGGAGAAUGCAUGUGCAAAGUGCCUGUUCAAGUGCUGUUUCUGCUGGUUUUGGUGCCAGGAAAGUUGUUUAAAAUACUUCAACCAG